AUUGAAUAAGUUUGUGAACGGCCGACCGUUACGGUCCUUCGUUUGCUCCUAGCACAAGAAGUGGACUAGACUGUGGAAAUUGACAAAAACUCGGCGCCAUAUUGUGAUCUUGUGUUUGGUUAGCGUUUUCUGGCGCGUGGUGAAGAAGUUUGUUGUAAUUUAAUUGAUAACGAUGUCCGACAAUCAGGAACAAAAACCCGAAGCCGGCCCAGGCGACGCGAAUUCGGAGUACAUCAAGCUCAAAGUUGUUGGAAAUGAUAGCAACGAGAUUCAUUUUAGGGUAAAGAUGACCACUCAGAUGGGCAAGCUAAAGAAGUCCUACAGUGAUCGUGUGGGUGUACCUAUGACAUCGCUUAGGUUUCUUUUUGAUGGUAAAAGAAUCAAUGAUGAUGAAACACCAAAGCAGCUGGAAAUGGAAAAUGAUGAUGUCAUUGAAGUAUAUCAAGAACAAACAGGUGGUCGUUAAUUAAGUUAAAGGAGGAUCAUUCGUUCUAAUAUUUUAUAAAGUGGAAGUGACUCUAAUAAGAAAAAAAUGGACAAGUUUAUAAGUAUGCAUAUGUACACAUACACACAUACACACACACACAUAUACACAUAUAUAUACGUACAUACAUACACAUAUACACACAAUACAUACAUACGGAUGAUUAAAUAAGAUGUAAUUUCCUGAUUUCAAUACGAUAUUGUAAAAUGUGUUGUCUUACAUUCCUGUACCGAGGCGAAUCAUUGUCCGGAGUGAUUAGACGAUGAAUUCUCGGAUCAUUUUGUAAAACACAUGUACGGGCAAUCACAUGUCAAUAUUACGUACUGUGUGUCCGUUUUCGUAUGUCGUCAGGACAAUUUUCAGAAAUAGAAUAAUUGAAUUGUGCGCCAUUAUAAAUGCGUUUAACGUUCGUAAACUCCUUGUCCAUCUUUAAACUUAUUCCUGGAAAUCUCGCGUUUACUCUUCUUUUUCUCUACUCGCCUUUUUACUUUUGAAUACAGGAAAUAUAUAUUAAUUAAUUCUAAUACAAGAAAAAAUGUGAAAGAUAUGACAAAAUUGUUACGCGCGUUUAAGUACAAUAAUAGUAAUUAUAAAACUUUUCAAAUAAUUGGAACAUAUAAAUUGUAAUGAAAAGUUUAUAUCGUGGUUAAUGCUCGGGAGCAUUUAGAAUUGGCAUAAUUCAUUUUAUUCUCUUACAAUUAGAAAGUUGUGCAACACUUUUAAUUUUUACUAAUCGUAUUAUGUGCACUUUCAUAUAGUAAUAAAUAUAAUAGUAAUAAAUAUAAAUUAAUGCUCCCCAGAAAAAAAUUUUUAUUCUUACCGUUUUAAUUUUUGCUCUCAACCGUAAUGUUGCUUUGCAAUAUAAAUACCAAAUUUAUAUGUAUAAAUAAACGUAUGAUAUAAACUAUGUGUAUCUCAAAUUUAUAAAAUAAAUAUCAAGGAAAAAAA